AUGUUAUUGAAGAAGUAUCCCAAAUCUUUAUUCCUACUAUCUUCAUCAUCGUCAGUGGCAUCGCUUAUAAUAUUCAAACAACAACUUAAAACUGGAGGUGCUACUACUAAAAAGCAAAGUUUUUCAACUACAUCUGCAUCUGCAUCUGCAACAUCUUCACGAACAAGAGCUAGGGCUACAACUACAUCUGCUGGGCUUCCCAUGAUUUCAUCGAUUUAUAGUUAUUUUUUCAACAACUCAUCUUCUUCAUUAGACGCUAAUUCGCAACAACUGAGGUCUUAUGCAACAAACAACCCGAAUGUGUCAUUAGAUUACAUCGGCACCUUUCAUCCGAGGUUAGCCACCAUUUUCCAUCAAUUAGAUGCUAUUGCUCCAAGAUUUUUGUUGAAUAAUGGUGAUAUUGAAAUAUUAUCGGAACCAGCCCAAUUUUAUCUGACCUUAAAAACCAAAAUCUCCCAAGCUAAACAUAGAGUCUAUUUGUCUUCUUUAUACAUCGGUAAAACUCAAUAUGAGUUAGUUGAUUGUAUCGAUGACGCAUUGGCCAAAAAUCAAGAUUUGAAAAUUUAUUUAUUAACUGAUGUUUUGCGAGCUACUAGAGAAGCACCUCAUCAUCCAUCUUCUGCAUCUUUAUUAGCUCCUUUGGAACAGAAAUAUGGUAAACAUCGGGUUGAUAUUAGGAUGUAUCAUACUCCAAAUUUGACUGGAUUAACCAAGAAAUUGGCACCCAAGAGAUUAGAUGAGGGUUGGGGAGUACAACAUAUGAAAUUAUAUGGAUUUGAUGAUGAGAUUAUACUUUCGGGAGCUAAUUUAUCAGAAGACUAUUUCACCAAUAGACAAGAUCGAUAUUACUUGUUCAAGAAUAAAGCUAUAACUGAUUACUAUUUCCGUCUUCAUCAAGCAAUUGCAUCUAUAUCUUAUCAGAUUCGUCAUACAUCUCAGUUAAAGCAAGGGUUCAAGUUGAUUUGGCCCACAACUAAUGUCACUUGUGAACCUCAUAUCAAUACUCAUCGGUUCCUAAGUGAUGCAUCUCAUUUAUUACUGCCAAUUUUAAAACAGCAUGAAUUGACUUCAUUUGAUGAGUUUAAAGAUCAUGAAAAUUUUGAUACUAUAGUAUAUCCUGUUUCACAAUUUACUCCAUUGUUUUUGCCAAAUCAAGAUUUAUCUACUGAAAAACCAGCAAUCUUACGUUUAUUAUCAUAUAUUGAUUCACCAAGGAUUAAAUGGUGGUUUACUGCGGGAUAUUUCAAUAUGUUGCCUCAAAUUCAAGAUAGAUUGAUUAACAGUAGUGCUCAAGGGUCAGUAAUUACUGCAUCACCAAAAGCCAAUUCAUUUUAUAAAUCGUCUGGAUUAUCAUACUACUUACCCGAAGCUUACCUCCUAUUUGCUAAACGCUUCCUUGAACAAGUGAAGAAAUUGGGUAAAGAAACAUUGAUUACGGUGUACGAAUGGCAAAAUGGAGUAGUAAAUACUCCAGGUGGUUGGACAUAUCACGCAAAGGGGUUAUGGCUCACAGUUCCUGAAGAAGAUGAACCUAGUAUUACAGUAAUUGGAUCCUCGAAUUAUACCAAGAGAGCAUACAGUUGUGAUUUAGAAAGUAAUGCUAUAAUUAUAACUAAAGAUCCUGAAUUGAAGAGACAAAUGAAGCAAGAAAUUAACCAUUUGAUGGAACAUGUUUCUGAGUUAAGUUUAGAUGAUUUUCAGCCCAAACCUUUACUGAUGGAUCCUACAAAGAGUGGUGUAGUAAUUCAAGAUAUUACUGACGAGAAGCUAGUGAGUGGUGAAGAUGAAAAUAUAGAAAAGCAAGGACAACUGCAACAUCAACAUCAUCCGAAAUAUGCUAUUGAUGAAGACAGAAGAAUCAGUUAUAGAGUUCAUUUGGCUGUGAAAUUACUUGGCGAAAAGUUGUAA